AAGAACAUUUUUGCGCCAUCGACGCUUUUCUAGUAUAGCCAUGUCUCUGCCAACCAACAGUCGAGAUUACAAUGUAUGAUGGGUUUCCGAAGUUUCUGGUUGGCUAGAGCUUACCGAAGUAGUCCGCGAUAGAGAAACUGAACUCCUGCCAGUCAGGUUUCGCGACUCUGGAGGCUCGUAGGCAGACUGGCAAGAAUGCGGAUGACAGUACACCUAUCGAGAAAAUGCAGCAAUGGCUUCGUCGCAUUGGGUACGAACCGUGCGAUCUUGACCGUCUCAACAUCGUCCAUGUCGCCGGCACAAAGGGCAAAGGAACAACAUGCGCCUUUGUCAACUCCAUUCUCAUCCACUGCAGCAAAACUCUGGGACGACCUCAGAAGAUAGGACUCUAUACAUCACCCCAUCUGGUAUCCGUCCGCGAGCGUAUUCGUAUCAACUCAGAGCCCAUCGCCGAAGAUGAAUUCGCAAAGUACUUCUUCGAAGUGUGGGAAGCCCUCGAGCGCACGGCUGCCGAGCAAGGUCUAGACCCCGCCGUCAAGCCAGCCUACUUCCGCUUCCUCACGCUAAUGUCGUUCCACGUCUUCAUGCAGGAGGGCGUCGAUGCCGCUGUGUAUGAAGUCGGAGUAGGUGGAGAGAAUGAUUCGACGAAUAUCAUCGUUCACCCAGCCGUCACUGGGAUCACUACCCUCGGGAUUGACCACGUCGGCGCCCUGGGAGACUCUAUCGAGCAGAUUGCAUGGCACAAGGCUGGUAUAUUUAAGGUUGGCUCGCCUGCCUUCUCUGUACGUCAAGUCGAAGAGGCGGGACUCGUCCUCUCGCAACGAGCAGAGGAGAAAGAGGUACAUCUCCAAUGGGUCGACGUGAACGAGUCACUCCAGCAUGUCUGCUUAAAGCCAGCUGAAGAUUUUCAGUAUAGGAAUGCUUCACUUGCUAUCGUUCUUGCGACGGAGGUCCUGAAAAAGUUCCGCGUUGGAGUACGCGAGACAUCCGCGACCUCGUCCCUCGUUCUGCAUGGCGAUUCACAGGACGCUAAUGCGGACAAUACGCAAGCGAAAGCUGGCGCACUCGUACCGGAUAACUUGAGGUUGCUCCCGAAAGAGUUCGUCCAAGGCCUCGAGGGAGCCGUCUGGCGGGCACGAUGCGAGACAAAAGUGUUCGGCAGCCAACAGUACCAUCUCGAUGGCGCACAUACGGAGGACAGCCUUGAAGUCGCCUGUGCUUGGUUUCAUAAGGCAGUGUCAGAGAGCCAUCGUCCAAGGAUUCUCGUGUUCAAUCAGCAAUCGCAUCGCGAUGCUUCCAGCCUUAUGCGAACAAUAUACCACACGCUCCGUAGACGCGGUGUUAGGUUCCAGCACGUCAUCUUCUGCACCAAUGUCACCUACAAAGGUAGCAAAUGGAAACUAGAUUUCGUGAACAAUAACGUCGAUCCCGAGGCGUUGAGAACGCUCUCGCUCCAGAAGCAGCUGAGGGACGAGUGGCUGAUGCUCGACUCGGAUGUAGAUGUGUUGGCGUUGGCGACCAUUGAGGACGCACAAGAACGCGUGCAAAUGAUCAGCGACGCGAAGGGUGAGGUUGAUGUACUCGUUACGGGUAGUUUCCACCUUGUGGGUGGGUUCAUUUCUCUACUGGAGGGUCAGGAUUACGGAUUGAAAAGCACGACGCGCUUCAUGGCGUAGGCGGCUCUGGGAAUUGCUAUUUUUUGCAUAUCGCUCCCGGAAUGCCGUUGUCAGUCUAUCCUUCAUUCUUAACUUCCGAUACUGCAUUGGUGUUGGCCUCCUAGUAUGGCCAUUUUGCUCGCUAGGCGUGUGCUGUCACAAUCAUAGAUUGAGGAUUCGGUACAGCGGCAUCUUUCGCACCUACGCCAGUG